UCGGCCAGGUAUAAUAGAACAAAAUCAGAAGAGAUGGACCAGGCCAAUCAUUAAUAACUUAAUUGCUAGUAUACCAAAACAAACAUUGCGUUUAAAUGCAAUCGAUAUUGAUCCUGUAGCAAAUCCCCAUUUAGACUUAUGUAUAUGCCAGUUAUGCAACAACAUUAUGUAUAAGCCACUAAUAUUAAAAGAGUGUCAGCAUUCUUUUUGCUCAGAGUGUUUAUUCAGAGAGAUUGAAGGAAAGCUGGAAACAGAAGCAAAAUGCUUUAUUUGUAAUCAACACAUUCCAUUAUAUACAAUUUUAAAUUCUGUUAAUGUAACACUAUUGAUAGAGCACAUUCUUUUAGGUUGCAAUAAGAAAUGUAAAUUAAAAUUUGCAGUUAAAGACAAUGACCUUAAAAAAUUACACGAAGAAAUUUGUAUUGGUGAACAGCUAUUACCAACUAUGAUUUGCAAAAAAAUUCAUGAUGGACUUGAUACAACUCUAGCUGAUGUAUUUUUAUUAAAAGAAAAUGAUGCUAUACCACGGAUUGUAGAAGAUGCUGCGUUACAUGUUAUAAAGCAAAAGCUAGUUACCUCUGAAUCAAAUUUGUUUGCAUUUCCUUCCAGAGGACCAAGGCCUUUACAUUUUACUUCCAACUCAAUAGCAUAUAAAGAGUGCUCAGAUGUUAGUAAAAGGACAAUUAAGAAAAGACAAAAAGCCGUUAUAAAUUCUUUAAAUGUGAUCUCUGGUAUGUCCAGCACAUCACAACUUCAGCAAACUUCUGCUAUUUUGAAUUCAUUUGAAGUAAAAGAUCAAGUAAAAAUAUUGAAGAUGUCAGACAUACCUUUAUCAGUUAUAAGUGCUGAAGAAAUGAUUAGUAUGAAAGCUCAUAUGGGAAUAACAUAUUCAAACAUUAAGAUACUUGCAAGAUGGCUCAAAACCAAAGAUAUAGAAUGUGCAUCAAAUAAAAAGCAACGGAAAGUAGCUAAAUCCUGGUCUGGAGAGGAUUGGGUAGUUUGUAAUGCUCCUUUUAACUUUCUUUUAAAAGACUCCAGUGAUUCAUUUGAAGUAAAAAAUGCUCCUUGGGGAUACAUUAAAGAUCUUCCAUUACAUAUAAUAAACAAACUCAACCUUCUGAAAAGGUUGACAUGCUUGCUUGUUUUGUCAUAUAACUCGUGCAGGUAUGAAAAAGUCAGAUAUUCAACAAAAACACAGUCCUUGUUCCAAUCGCACGCUGGAAACACAGAUCUCCAAAAAUUCAUUCAAAAAGGUCGAAUACCAAAGUUAGCAAAGUAUUGUAACAAUGUCAUUGAUUCUCCACUUUUCAAUAUUCCUUUAACACAAGUUGGCAUUCCAUUGUUGCAUAUCUCAUUGGGGAUUUAUCUUAAAUUUUUUAAUAUGCUGGAAGAUGGCUGUCAUCUCAUAGAUAUAAAAAUUGCAGCUAAAAUGUGUUUAAAAAAUCAGACUAAACAACAAGAGUUUUGAUGAAUAUAUUGUAAUUCAGUUAAGAAUAUAUGAACAAGAAAAAGCUAUUGCUGAAUAUUGUGAAAAAAUAACACUUAUUCAUGAAGCAAUGUCAAUACAAGUUCUACGUUCUCCUGAAAAUAAAGAAUAUCUAUAUGAAAUCUUUCAGCCCAGAGUAGUUCAUUUUAUGAAGAAGAAAAAUGCUAAGAUUAUUGAAUUAGAAGAGUUAAAAACUAAAACAUUUGAAAAAUCGCAUGGACCACUUGUGAAAAAACUUGAUGAAGUUCUAUGUGGGCUUAAUGUUCAAAGACAAGCUUACCACGGAAAAUGUUUUAUUGGGAAUCACGUUCAUAAAAUGUUAAAGUUAAACAGUGUCCUAGAUCUUUGCAAUUCGAUACCUAAGACAGUAAGCGAUCUUGGAUUUAUUGAUACAGAUGUUUUUAUAGAGGCAAAAGUCUUGAGUGAGAAAUUUGUUGAGUUGUUCUUUAAAUACGCAACAUGUUACAACUUAAUGAAUUCAAGUGAAAUAAUUAAUAAUAAUCCAUUAUUAGAGUUAGAAGGAGCCAUUGGAGAAUUAAUGAGUUACUUUCGUAAAACUUGGCCGAAUGAGUCCAUUACGCCAAAAAUGCAUUUAUUAGAAAGUCAUUGUGCUGUUUUUAUUAGAAAUUGGGGUUUGGGUCUCGAUAUUUAUGGAGAGCAAGGUUUAGAAAGCAUGCAUGCUGAAUUCAAUAGUAUGAACAGCACCUUUUGCCAUAUGAAAGGGAAGCAAAGACUAGAAAGUAUUCUGUCUAAUCACUACAUCAAAAACUCCCUAGAAGCAUUGGAAAUUAGACCUACUAUUCAAGAAAGAAAAUCUUAUAAAAGAAAAGCCUCGUGAUAUUUAUUAAAUAAUUGUAUAUAUGAUUGCAAUUGCAUAACGACUUAAUUUUAAUGUUUAUUGUAAGAAAAAAUAUAUAUACUCUUCUUCCGAAUAUAAUAAAUAUUUAAUAAAAUAAAUAGUUAAUCUUUUGGUUACUAGACAAAAACGAAUAUUUUAUUUCAUUAGAUUAGAUAGAUGUGUUAUUCCUUACGUUUUCUUUGACAUCUUGGAAAGUAACCAUAGUUACUUACAGAAGUUUUAGGCGGAAAACGUA